GGGCGCAGCGAGGCUGCUGCAGUGGGAGAGAGACGCGCUCACGGGAGGACUGUCGCACCACGCUAUCCUCUGCGGGGAUUUUUCUUCAAGUUCUUAUGGUCUUUUCACUUUUUCUCCCGUUUUUCAACACUGGAUAAAGGAAUAUUUAGGGAUCCUUAGCGAGUAUCACUGAAGAGCAGGAUAAAGGAUGACAUUUGGGCGAUUUGUUCCUUUCUAAGAGACAGCUUGGGUCCGGCACGGAGGACGCGCACGGCGCACUACCCCACUUUGGAUUACCGCACCUACUUCUGCUGAAUAUAUGAUCAUGAAAUGUGCUGGUAAAUGAGGCUCAACCUCGCGCGCACUCCUUACACGCCCCCGUCCCUCUUCGCGCCCCGAUCCAGAUGAGAGAUCUCUCCGGUGGACCUAAACCGCUUUUACGCAGCCAGUCCCCGGAGCGCAGCGCCGCCGCAGCCAGCGGCGAUUCACACCGGGCAAGAGCGGAGAGACCGCCCGCUGCCUCCUCCACGGCUUGUCCUUCUCCCUCGGAUCCCUCUCGCCAGGCUAAAAGGCUUCCCAUCAGGAUUGUAAAGAUGUUGACUGCGCACAGCGGCCACUUGCUGCACCCGGAGUACCUCCAGCCGCUCACGUCCGCGCCUGUCAGCAUCGAGCUGGAUGCCAAGAAGAGUCCUUUGGCUCUGCUGGCCCAGACCUGCUCUCAAAUUGGCAAACCAGAUCCUCCCUCCUCCUCCAAGUUGGCCUCCCUCUCCUCUGGUAGUCUAGGAGACAAGGAGUCCUCCAAUCGGUCAUCCAAGCCUGGAGACCAGCACCAGUCCCUGGAGGACAAAUCCAGCUUCAAGCCUUACUCCAAGUCGUCGGGUGACUGUCGUAAGGAGGUUCUGGUCACAAAAGGGCCUUCAGAUAAAGCCGCUUUCAGAGUGCCAAAUGGAAGCUCCGGUGGGGGAAGUACUUCAUGUCCAUCCUUCCCUCCUCAUUCGCGCUCGCCCAGCUCCAGCUCUCCUCCCCUGCACACUCAGAGCCAGCCCCAGAGACAAAGCCAUUCUCCGUCCACGCAGCCCCCGCCACACUCCCAGGCGCCGCACACGGACAGCAAGUCCGGGAGCUCGGAGCAGCAGGCCGGCUCGGACAGCAGCAGCAGCGCCGGCAAAAAGGACUCCGACGCAACCAAGUCAGGGAUGGACGGUGCUCAGCUGGCCAACUCCAGCCACGUCCGGGCCAGCGCGAACUCCAGUAACGCCAGCUCUGCCAGCAGCCCGCGGCCGGAGAGCAAGAGCGACGCGCCGACCUCCUCACAGUCCGGCCUGAGCUCCGGCCACAUCGCGCCCGUCUCUCCGUUCAAACCGGGACACUCCGUCUUCCCCUUGCCGCCUGCCACUAUGGGCUACCACGGCUCCAUAGUGGGGGCUUACGCUGGCUACCCCUCCCAGUUUGUUCCUGGGUUGGAUCCCACCAAGUCUAGUCUGGGUUUAGGACUUCCGGGGAAGCACCCCAGCUCCAGCCCCCUCACCGGAGCGUCGCCGCCGUCUCUGAUGCAGGGUUUGUGUCGGGACCCGUACUGCCUGAGCUACCCCAACACGCCCCACCUGGGCGGCAGCAACUGCUCCACCUGCGUUCACGACCCGGCGGCGCUCAAGUCCAGCUUCCCCCUGGUUUACCCCUCGCACCACCUGCACUCCCUGCACUCCAGCUCCCUGUCGUCCAGCACCACCCCCACCCUCUCGCACCCCCUCUACACGUACGGCUUCAUGCUCCCCAACGAGCCGCUGCCGCACGCCUGCAACUGGGUGUCCGUGGGCGGUCCCUGCGACAAGCGCUUCGCCACGUCGGAGGAGCUGCUGGCUCACCUGCGCACCCACACGGCGCUGCCGGGCAUGGUGGACAGUAAGCUCCUGUCGGCUUACCCCUCCUCGGUGUCGUCGUCGGCCUCCUGUCACCUGCACCUGCCCCCCCCCAGCAGCCCGGGAGCCCUGCCCGGCUCCUUCUCCCUGCGGGGCUCUCCCGGACUGGGCCUGGCUCGUUACCAUCCCUACAGCAAGUCCCACCUGCCCGGGGCCGCGGGACUCCCCAUGCCGUCCCUCCCCUCCUCCUCGGCCUACUACUCCCCCUACGCCCUCUACAGCCAGAGACUGGGCUCGGCCUCGGCCCUCGGAUACCAGUGAUGUCCCGAAUAGCGUUGACGUCCGCAGGCUGCGGGCACCGGCUUCGAGACGGAUUCUUGAGCUUGGGGUCGCCGGCGGUGGGGGCGCGGUGCCCGCCGGCCGGCCUGCCAGGAAUACCACCUGUUAGCCUCAGGAUCGCCGCUGGAGCUCCGACGGAAAACGGCCCGGCGACGGAUCAGCAGAGAACCAACAGACUCUGAAGAUUAAAGAACGGCAGGAGUUUGAAAGUGUUGAAUUUGCGGGAUGACUACAGCAGUCCUGAUUUUGGUUUUAGUUUUGUUUUUUCUCUAUAUCUGUCCCCCAGAACUGAAAGUCUGUAUUUAUUUUUCACGCAAGCGCUUGGUAUUCAGCUCUGAGAGGGGGGACAUUUUUAUUUCUGCUGUCCAAAAUAAAUUGUUCUCCAGUACUCUGAAACAGAAUGAUUUAAGUAUAGUACCAUUAUGCCUAUCAUACACUCUAAAAAUAAAAACGUUGCACCAUGACGAAGAUGGACUGUGAGGUUUUAUUCUGAGGACCUCUUUUUAUCUCUUUUCCUGUUGUUUCUUUUCAUCCAUCCUCUGGAGAACUGCAUGUCCUCGAGAAUUAUCUUGAAUAAUGCCAUUAUUUUUAUUUGUAAAUAUGCAAAGAUGUAAUAUUUUUUCAAGCCUUACAAGGGGGUCAACGAGCUGGGGUCACAUGCGCAAAUGGUGUAGAGAUAAGAAAAUAAGACAUAAAUAAGAACAAUGAUGGCUGUGCUAUCCGACCAACAGGAAAAGGUCUUAUUUUGUUUAAUAAAUGAUUCA